UCUGCCUUUCUGCUAAUGUGAUAAUGGCCUCCACCACUUUUAUAAUAGACAAAGGCUGCACAGGUAUCUUCCGCCUCCUCCUAUUAGGACUUCUUCUGCCAUCAGUAUUAGUGUCAGGUCAAAGUUCCCCACCACCCACCACCAACCCCUCUGGAGCCACAACACCGCUCAGCACCAUCACCCAGUCCCCCAUGACCAUGACAUCUGGAGGCACAGCAACCAUGACCACUAGCCAGCCCCCCACCUCUGGAGCCACAGCAACUUCUACCACCCAGCCCCCCAUCACCACAUCUGGAAGCCAGGCAACCAGCACCACCGCCCAGCCCUCCAUCUCUACCAUCUCUCCAGCCACAACAACUUCAGCCAAUACCCAGUCCCCCACCACCGGCACCACUGGAGGUACAGCAAUGACCACCACCACCCAGUUCCAGUCCACUGCCACCUCUGGAGGUAUAGUAACCACCACCCAGACCCCUACAACCACCUCCGGAGGCACAGCAACCACCAUGAGUACCCAGUCCCCUCCAACCACCACUGCCUCCGGGGGCUCAGUAUCCACCACCAGUAAUCAGUCCCCCACAACCACUACCACCUCCGGAGGCAUAGUAUCCACCACCACCCAGUCCCCCACAACUACUACCACCUCUGGAGGCUCAGCAUCCACCACCACCCAGUCCCCCACAACCACUACCAUCUCCGCAGGCAUAGUAUCCACCACCACUCAGUCCCCCACAACCACUACCACCUCCGGAGGCAUAGUAUCCACCACCACCCAGUUCCCCACAACCACUACCACUUCCGGAGGCAUAGUAUCCACCACCACCCAGUCCCCCACAACUACUACCACCUCUGGAGGCUCAGCAUCCACCACCACCCAGUCCCCCACAACCACUACCACCUCCGCAGGCAUAGCAUCCACCACCACUCAGUCCCCCACAACUAUUACCACCUCCGGAGGCUCAGCAUCCACAACCACUACCACCUCCGGAGGCAUAAUAUCCACCACCACUACCCAGUCCCCCACAACCACUACCACCUCUGGAGGCAUAGUAUCCACCACCACCCAGUCCCCCACAACCACUACCAUCUCCACAGGCAUAGUAUCCACCACCACUCAGUCCCCCACAACUACUACCACCUCCGGAGGCUCAGCAUCCACAACCACUACCACCUCCGGAGGCAUAGUAUCCACCACCACUACCCAGUCCCCCACAACCACUACCACAUCUGGAGGCAUAGUAUCCACCACCACUCAGUCCCCCACAACUACUACCACCUCCGGAGGCUCAGCAUCCACCACUGCCACCCAGUCCCCUACAACCACUACAACCUCUGGAGGCAUAGCUACCACCACCCCCCAGUCAUUCUCCACUACCACCCCCGGAGGCAUAGUAACAACCACUGCCCAGUCCGCCACAACCACCUCCGGAGGCUCAGGAACCACCACUGCCACCCAGUCCCCCACUACCACUACUACCUCUGCAGGCACAGCAACCACCAUCACCACCACCUCUGGAGGCCCAGUAUCCACCACCAGCACGCAGUCCCCCACAACCACUACCACCUCCAGAGGCAUAGCAUCCACAACUAUCCAGUCCCCCACAACCACCUCCGGAGGGUCAGCAAUCACCACACAGUCUGGCACCAGCACAACAACCACUGCCAAUUCUACACCUUCAGCUUCUAUCAUCUAUCCUAGUUCAAUCAGUACUACUAAUACAGGAACCACCUCUGCCUCCCCCACAGCUAGUUCAACAGCCAUGAUCCAGUCCAGCACCACCAUGGCGGGCUCAAGUUGGACCAGUUCAUCAUCCUCCAAGACAUCAGGUUCUGGUCCCUUACCCUCACUGUCCACCAGUAAGUCAUCAUACUCAGGAAGCUCCACUGGUAUGUUUUCUUAGAACCAAAUAAUAUGAUGUUUCCACUGACAUCCAGAGUUUGUUUUCCGAUGUGUAUAAAAGAAAGCUAUUGUUAUUUCUCUGUCUUUUCCUAUCCUUGAUCAUGACAUCCAUCUUUUUGGCUCAGUAGGCAUGCCUGGUAUGAAUGGAACCACUAUGUCAAAUUCUACCUCAAUGAGCAUGGCAAGUCCACCUUACUUGAGAGUUUGUUAUAUUUGCGUCUUUCCCUUAUCACUCCUUCUUCUUCAUCCUUUCAUACUCAUAUCUUUAUCGGGCAUCUUUUAUUUCUCUCAAACACAGAUAUACUGCCCCUCAUUCACCUGUAACUACUCAGACUGCUACACAAUGUACACCAGUC